UAGCAGUACCUUGUCAGAUCCUGGGUUGAUAAGUCACCUCCUAUUGUAGUUAUAUUAACAAACAGUACUCAUGCUCAUGACUCACUGAGUACUUAAAGUACAUCUCAAACCCUCUCCAGGACCAAAGCGUAUUUCUAAUGAGUGCUAAUGCUACGGACAGGACGCAGUAGAACUUAGCACUCAGACGAAAGUGUGUAAGAGCUGCUGAAUCAUCACAGCAUGCUCCAGCCUGUGCCAGCACAGUAAGUGGACACCGUCUCCUCUACCCUGCCGAUCAAUUAUGCAGAGACUGCACUGAAGGAGAGGCACAGUGGCGAACAAUGAAGUCUGAUGUGCUUUGUAUUGGAGCAGAUCUUCAUCUCCUUUAAGACCUGAUCUGUGUAUUGGCUCUUUGAGUGCUUUAUAAAGCAUGGCUCUGGGUGGCAGAAUGAAUGUUUACCAGGCAGUAGACAGUCCCAUGUUCAUGAUGAGAGUGCUGCUGAGUCUGAUCCCUCUGCUGCUCAUCGCAUGGAGCGCAAACAACACUGAAGCACUGCCUGUACAGAACAAACUGCCGAACAGCAAUGAGGUGCUCACAAAAGAGCAGAAGGACUUCCUGACAAAGUUUUUGGCCAACCUUGCAGAACUGAACAUGACCAUCAAAGACCUGGAAACCAUGGACGUUGAGCAGCUGAGUAAACUGAGUGAGAGAGCUGCUUUCGGCCUGCCACCUCCUCGAGAGAAAUCCCAGUGCAAGAACUUCUUCUGGAAAACGUUCUCUUCAUGUUAAACUUGCAUGUACAUAAGGAACCAAAAUUUAUCCAAUGUCAUAUACAUUAUGUAACUAAAACAGCUGAAUACUAAAAUUCCUAAGUACUAAUAAACAUCAGUGAAUGUG